GGGAGGAGCGAAAGUCAGACAGGAGGUGCCCGUAGCCUUACUUUAUGAUUUGAUUAUUCCCAUCUUUUUCUUACCAAAUAAUAGCGCCGCGCUUUGCCGCCGCGUCGCUUUGUGUUCGUGUAUUCUUCAACAAGCCAGCCAGCUACUAAACCAAAUCUUAGCGACAACCAAAAAUUAGAGAAGCAACUCUACCCGGACAGUCGUUUGCGCCCCCCUCCCGUCCCCCCCCCGUCUCCCCCUCGCCGGAGGAUUCCCCGGCUGGACGGUGCGUUCCCGUCUGAGACUCUCCAUGCCAGUGGCGGCGAGGAGAAACCCGAAACCAAAGCACACCCCGGUCCGAGGAGGAGAGGCGGAGAGCCCGCCGCCGUCUUUACGCACCAACCGUGUGGACAAAAUAAAUGGGAGUCCGGCCGUUUCUGCGCUACGCGUCCAGUGGAGAGCGGCUGACUCGGGACGCGCGAUGAGAACGGGUCCGGCCCGCGCCAGCCUGUGUGUGGAUACCCGCUCCGCGUCGUCCACCCAACGCGUGUAGCUGCGCCGCGCGGGAACGUGCGUGCCUGCGCGUCGGGACUCGUUGACCCCGAGAAGAAGCAAGUUUUAAGCGGGCGCCGCGAUCGCCGCCUGCAUCCCCGGGAGCCGCAAACGCCUCACAUCCAAACAGCGACACGGAGAUGUGAAUCCCGCGGCUCGUGCUCCUCUCUCCUCCUCCUCCUCCUCCUGCAGCCACCCGGAGAGCGCGCGCAGAGCUGGCCAGAGGUCGACGGAAGCAACGACGGAUGAGACAAGAAGAAAAGUGAGCCCAGAAUAAAAGAAGGCAACGAACAGCGACCCCCAGGUCGACAGAGGACCAUGUUUGUCCCCCUGCCGGUCCCCUUCGUCUUUCAGAGAACAGCGUCCGACUACAGCGCCUGGAGACUCAAGUCCUCGCUGGCUCCGCGGUCCAGCCCCGACAUCAGGAUGUCUAAAGCAGCAGAGGAGGAGAAGCCUGGGACUGAGUAUCCAGGGGACAGUUCAGACUCUAACAGGAACAGCCCCGAUGACCAGGUCCAGCCGAUGAAAACAAGCCCUUCAGACGUCUCCCCAACACGGACCGUCAGCAAGGGAAAAGGCGAGGAGAGCUGUGAGAUGAUCCACACCACCAUCCCCCCUGCUCCACCUACACCUCCCUCCCAGCAACAGCUACAGCAGCAGCAACAGCUACAGCUACAACAGCAGCAGCAACAGCAGCAACAGCUGCAACAGCUACAACAGCACCAACAGCAGCAACAGCAGCAGCAACAGCAGCAGCACCACCAGCUGAUGCUGGCUGGCAGUCAGCUAGCAGGGCUCGCCGCCCUCCUCCCGGCCCAGCAGCAGCUGCUCCUCCAGCAGGCUCAGGCUCAGCUCCUGGCGGCCGCUGUUCAGCAGUCCAACGCCGCGCACGCCGCCCAUGCAGCCCACGCCGCCCACGCCGCCGCCCAGCAACAGGCCAACCAGCAGCAGCAGCAGAACCAGUCACAAUCUCAGCAGCAGCAAACCAAACAGGAACAAACUGUCCAAGUCCCGCCUCCCCAACAGCUGGCCCUGUCCCAGCCAAUCCAGCUCACAGCCCAGGACAUCCAGCAGCUGUUGCAGCUCCAGCAGCUGGUUUUGAUGCCCGGUCAUCCUCUCCAGUCCCCUGCACAGUUCCUCCUGUCUCAGCCAGCUCAGGGGCAGCAGCAGCAGGGUUUGCUCGCGACACAAAAUCUGAUCCAGCUACCUCAGCAAAGCCAAGGGGGACUACUGACAACCCCCCCUCGCAUGGGCCUCCAAGCACAGAGGGAGAAGAGCAGCGAUGUUGGUGGGAGCGGCGGAGGCGGUUCCAUGGUUGCCACCGGCAGCAGCGGCGUCGUGACGUCUGUAGGAUCCACCUCAGCAGCCGGCAGCACCAUGGGCUCCUCGCUGACAUCCGCAUUGACCCCCGGGGGUCACGGGGGUCACAUGGGCGAGGAGCCCAGCGACCUGGAGGAGCUGGAGCAGUUUGCCCGCACCUUCAAACAACGACGCAUCAAGCUGGGAUUCACCCAGGGCGACGUCGGCGUGGCGAUGGGCAAACUGUACGGCAACGACUUCAGCCAGACCACCAUCUCCCGAUUCGAAGCUCUCAACCUGAGCUUUAAGAACAUGUGCAAGCUGAAGCCGCUGCUGGAGAAGUGGCUGAGUGACGCAGAAAACAUGGCAGUAGACAGCAUGCUGCCCAGCCCUUCCUCUCUCUCCUCCCCCAUGCUGGGCAUCGAGGGUCUGUCCGGCCGGCGCAGGAAGAAACGCACCAGCAUCGAGACCAACGUGCGAGUGGCCUUAGAGCGCAACUUCCACAUGAACCAGAAGCCUACCUCGGAGGAGAUCCUGCUCAUGGCCGAGCAGCUCAACAUGGAGAAGGAGGUGAUCCGCGUUUGGUUCUGCAACCGCAGGCAGAAGGAGAAACGCAUCAACCCGUCCAGCAGCACCACGCCUCCCCUGCCCAGCCAGACGUCGCCCAUCGGGACACACAAAGCCUGCUACAGCCCGCACAUGAUAUCGAGUCACGGUCUGUCCCAGGUCACCACCUGCCUCAGCACAACAGCUGCGAGCUCUUCAGCAUCCUGCCCCAUGACUCCCGUCAGCUCCGCCACAGUUGGCUCCUCCUCUUCUUCUGUGACUCCGCCCCCUCACAGCACAGCUAGCCCCGUCCCUCCCACCACCGGGAUCACAAUGAUGGGAGUAAGCACAGGGAUGAACCAGGCCCUCAUCGGCAGCCACCCCCUGGCUACCAUGCAAGCUCUGGCAGCCGGCAGCGGCCAGCCACCCAUCUCCGGCCCCGAGGGGGGAGCGGCUCACAUGCUCCUGGGCGGUCCCGGGUGUCCCACCGUACCCCACUCCCUCCGGCCCUCCUUCUUCCUCAACCGCCCGACCCUCCUCCCCAUGGUGACCGGCUCCAUGGCGACGCCCUCGACGCCCGCAAUGGGACUGGUCAGCGGCGUCGGCGGGUGCCGCCCGCGGCUCUCCUUUUGCCAGUCUCCGCCCCCUGGCGCCAGCGACGCCAUGAGCCCGACAUCGUGCCACGAGGAGUCCCCGUCCCCUUGCUCAAGCCCCGCCUCCUUCUGUUCCUUCAGCGAAGCCUCGCCGCCGCCCCUGGGAGGGGCCAUGGCAGAGUGAUCUCCGACUGACAGCCAAAGUAUCAGCAGAGGACGAGGAGGAGGAAGAAGAGGAAGAGUAAACGGAGCUUUAAAAAAAUCUUAAAUUUACAAACCUCGUCUUUAACCAAAGCCAUCUCUCUGUCCGAUCCGUCUCCCAUAGCGCGUCUCUCUCUCUGUGUACCUGCUGGAGUCUUCUAAAGCCAAAAAUAUACACCGACGGAUGACGGGAGCCAGCAGAGAGAGAGGGAGGAUGGAGAGGAUGGAGAGAACUGAAGAGCGGAGGAGGGGGGGGGGGGAUUUUAAACCAAAUAGUGAUCUACAGCUGGAGAACUGGCGCUGAGGAGUGUUGUUUUUGUGCUUGGCAGCGGAGGGCCGGGAUGAGAAGCCAGACUGUGUGUGAAAAAACGGGAGGUAACCGAAUUAAAAAACAAAAGAAACAAGAAACAAAAGAUGCUCAAAGGGGGAAACACAAAUAAACAAAGAUUAAAACCAAAAUCUCCAAAUACCAAAAAACUGAAAACCAAAAAAGACAACAAACGAGAAAAAAACAAGCAAACGGAGAGAAAAGCUUUAGUUCACAUCCUGAUCCGUCCAGGUUCAGUUCACUUCACCCUCCUUCUUCAUGCAACCAUCAAGCAUUCUACUCAGGAUUUCCUUUAGUCCCAUUUCCAGGUUUUAUACAACAUUGAUCAUUUUGUAUUCAUCACUCUUUAUGGUAUUCCUCGUGAAGCGUCCCACAUGCAGGAUAUCUACCUCUCGCUUUACAGCGUUACACUGACGAACGUACCUUGCAUUGGAAAAGACUGUGUUUGUUUUGCACAGCCUGCCGUGGCAGACGGGUGGGGUUUACCGCCAGUAUUGAGAUAGCGAGAUAGAUCUCAACACCAGCUAACUGGAGUUCAAAGCUAACGUCAGAAAGCUGGUAUUCAUUAAAUCUCACCACGUGGUGGAAGACGCCCCACUGGCACGUCAACGGGACGAAACCUGCAUGAUGUAUUGUUUUCUUUCUUUAAAAUAGCCACAAUGUUUUGGGGAAAUUAUUUUAAAUUCAUUUAAAAAGAACAUUCCCAUCAGGUUUUUCAUCGCCAUUGUCAUCAUCCAUAUUGUCAUUGUUGUCGUUAACGUCUGCUCGAGUGCACACACUCACCCCUUCUUCUGCCGCCCACCAGGAGGACCCCCGGGGGGACGUGGACACGUUUAUUCUCCUUUAUUCAUUAUCGCCCCACACGCGCUCGUACCACCUCCAUGUCCCCCUCCACACCGCUCCUCUACCACCAGACAGCCACCUGGAUACCAAAGCACGGCCUCUGGCAGCGUUGUCUCUCGAUUCGCCCGGGAGACGGGUGUCCACUCUGCAGAGUCCCGCACACACACAACAGCAUAAGAAAGAGUCCAAACCAAAAAAAAAAAAAAAAGAGAACAAAAGAAAGGUGAGGCACCGGCGUUUCCCUUACUGCCCCCGAACCCCCGCCCUCCCAUCGCCCCCCCCCGCUUUGUCUCCAGAGGUCCAAUCAAAGGGUCCAAAGGGAAGAGGAGACAAGGAGGGAGAAGAAGCGGAGGAGGCGAAUGGUAAGACUGCAGGGGCAAAGGAAGAAGAGGAGCAGGAGGUGCGCUCAAAGCGGCGGACCAAAAAACCAAAAAGUAAACCAAAAACCAAAAGCUACUACUACUGCUACUUAUUAUGUGUAAGUGAACUGUAAACGAAACCAAAUACAGACGCCGAGGGGGGGGGGGGGGUAAGGGCCUGUCUGUCUGUUUGUCUUUAGCUGUGAUUGCCGUUGUUGUAUCGACAGACAGAAGCGGUUCCCUCCCUCGUUCCUUUUACCUGGACGGAUACGAAUACUGUAUGAAACAACCUCAACAGACUGACUUUGAAUAUAUAUAUAUUUUUGUUUUUUGCUUUCCAUAGUGUGUCUAUUAAUGCUGUAUGGAUUUGUCUCACUGCUUUCUACUUAAUGGGGUGGGGGGGUGUUUGGUGCGGCGUGUUGCCUACUCGGGCCUUUUCUUUCUGUAGCUUCCAGGACAAAAACAGACAACCAAACCAAAUAGAACAACCAAACCAAUGCACAAAGAGUGUGUGUGCGCGCGUGUGUGUGACAGCAUGUGUCAGUAUAAAGAUAAUAACCGUAAAACACAAUACUGUCUCCCUCAUGGAGGCCUGUUGGACGGAAGUGUCGCUUAAUGCUUAUUUUACAGACUUUCAAGCUGGACCCACUUGCUUAUCCCUAAAACCAAGCGAAAGGCCAACGAGAUCUUUUAAAGCUCAUUUUGUUACCAAAUAAUGGCAAAGAUCCAUCUCGCCAUUUGCUAAAUUUGCUGUGAUUCGCUGUUAUUAACCGUCAGAUUUUAUUUUAGCUGACAAGGUUUGAGCACAGUUCACAAGAUGGCAAAGGUUUAUUAUUUGUUCCAUGUUUUGAUACCUAACAGGCCUCUGGCGGGAGGAAAGGCUCGAGGCCCGGGCUGAAAACAACACACGCGUACUGAAGGCAACCAUUGAUGAAGAUGAUGGGGGGGGGGGGGGCUGCCGUCUUAUUAGAGGCUGAAAACGUCCACUGUUAGAGGGAACGUAUCCAUUAGUUCUUCUAGGUUUUUGUAGGGGGGGGGGGGGGGGUCUAUGUUACCCAUUGCUGAUGUAUAAAGACGGGGAUUAUUAUCUCUUGACGAUGGCGACCGCAGACGACGGAUUUAAGAACCAAAAGCUUUAAAACUCUUUCUCUCUCACAGGCUCUUUGUUGAAAAAAAAUAGUAUUUGUAUUUAUUGUGUGGGGGAGGCGUGCGCUUUUCUCGGGGGUGUGAAAGACGGUCCGUUUGUAUUUUAUUAACUUCUCGCUCUUAUUUAUUGACUCCUUAUUUAUGUAUUUAUUGGAUUCUAUUGUCUUUCUGGAUCUUUGUACUAGUAUUUUCAGGGGUUGUUGUGAGCCUUGUAUCUGCAGAGGGGGGGGGGGGGGGUUGGGGGUUAUUCUUGAGAUCGCGACAAGAAGAGAAGAUGCCAAACGAAUGUUUCAAAGCAAAACCAAACCUAAAGACUGUUGUGACCUGAGACGGGGGGAGAAAGUAGCAGGGACACUGUGACGGAGGAGACGCUGUGUUUAAACCACCGCUGUGUUGCUAUUUGUCGAUAUUCAGUCCGACACGCCGGUUUAUUUUUUUAAAGACACUUUGAGUUUCCCGUCUUAGAACAGACUGGUUGCACGAGCUCCUCGUUAAUGAAGCCGCAGCCUCGUCCCCGUCGAUUAAGUCGAGGUUAAACACGCAGCGUCCACAGCGCUCCGGUACAAGUGGGGAGGAUGGAGGCCCAUUGUAGCAAGUUAGCCUCUGCUAGCAACACCAACACGUCAUUAAACAGCAUUUUGCACACACAGGUGUUGGACAGUGCUGCUUGUCCUUAUGUCCUUGUGUUGAGCUGCCAUCUAGGAUUUUGACGUUGAUGUUUUUCCAAUUUUAAUUUCCACCUUUGCAGUUAAAAGGUUUCAAAAUGGGAAUUUUGAUUUUCCCACCGUUUGCCCAAUGUUACUAAUAAUAAUGAGUUACAUUUCACUAAAAUCUCGUUACAAAUGCUAAGCUAGCAAUGGCUAGCUCGAUAGCGCGUUACAAAACAACGCCAUAGAAGACACCUACUGAUCAGCAGCUACCUUUAAUAAAUAGACUCAGUCAUGUGACAGCUUGUGAUGCUAACUUCUCCUCGCGAGUCUUGUUGUUACCGUAUUCAUCACUCGUCUAUUACGAAGAGCUCGUGCAACCCGGUCAGCUGCUUCAGGACUUUUCCCAGAGUCGUGCUGUCAGGCGCCAGGACAACCAAACGCCGGCAGCUCCACGUUAACGUGAACCCUUAACGUUCGCCCCACUUUCGGGCUCCCGUCCCGUUGAGUGACUUUCCUCCGCUCACGUUUCCACCUGUGCUCCUGCAAAAGCUUUCUGAUUUUAAACUCUUACCUCGGAUACUCUGAUGAAAAAACAAACCAAAUAGACAUUCGAGCUUUAAUGACACACACAGCCUAAGAAGUGGGAAAAGAGACGUGACCCGUCUCACCUCAGGAGUGGGGGCGUGAAACUAAGAAGGUGUUCACUUGUUCUUAUGGCUUUAACAGAAUACACCACGUCCUGGUGGCUGUGUAAGGUGUGUGUGUGUGUGUGUGUGUGUUCAUCACUGCCGUCGGAGGAAAGCAUCUCAACUCCCAUGUUUUAUUUAAAAGAUGAACUUGUGCUGUAGAGGAAGCAAAUAUCCACUGCAGAGCUUCAAAUCUGCGCGGGACAUUUCGAUUUUUACGGUUGGUGUUUUUCUCCGGCGGCGGUGCAGCUCUACGUGUGCCUGUGUAGUCCGGCUCGGCUGGGAUGGACAGAGAAUGAUACCAAAGUUAAAACUAGCACAGUGAGAGGCUGCACUACAGACACAACACACACACAGUCAUUCCGCGUGUAAAUACACAUUCAGGACUCUUGUUAGGGACUGUAUGCUAAAAUGUCGUCAAUAUGAAAUCACUGUCAGACAAUAAGAGCACUUCAGGCCUUGACAGUUUUCUACUGUAGUUCUUCUGUGGCUGUGAAUGUUCAUUUUAAUACUCUGUUCAACUUUCCAAGUCACCGUGACUGAUUAAAGACUUUGUUUGCUUUUCUUUUGCCUUGAGAACAUGAAAUGUAAAACCUGACGUUAAAAAAAGAGAGAGAAUAACUUCAGUCGAUCAUUCUUUGCCCCGUUUCGUCGCUCAUUUAUUUAGGAAAAAGAAUACAAAAGAAACAUUUUCCUUUCUAUUUUUACUACAAUGCAGCUUAAAUCCAAAGGUUAAGAGGACAGCAAAGAUAAAUUUUACUGCUAAAGAAAAAAACCUCAAUAGUGAAAACCAAAGAGCUCCACUGUAUCUUCUCACCUUCAUUUUCUUUUUGUACAACUACCAUGUUUUUUUUUCUGAUGGCUGUGAACUCCAAAAGUAUUCUUCAAUAUAGCCUAAUGGUGAUGAUGAUGAUGAUGAUGGCGAUGAACAGAAAAGAUGAAACAAACUCCGCUCUGUAAGCUUUAGUACCUGUUUUUCUGUUUUGAAGUAUGCUUACGAUAUGCUGUUCUUUGACCUCGAGGCUCUCUCUGUCUGAGUUGAUUCUAUAAACUGAUUCUGUUGGAAACGUUUGAGUUUGAAACUGCUCCCUAAUGUCCUUGAACUCAUCGCUCUCUGUGUGCCUGUUUUUUGGGGGGCCAGGGAAACGGGGACAAAACAAACCUGUAAGUGUUAGGAAUAAAGUGCGAAUUAGACCAACGUCA